AAAACAUAUUCAAAUUCUGGUGAGAGAGAGCAAACACGAGUGCUAGUGAGGGAGAGAAGCUGUGUAAACAAAAAACACAGCCAUGUCUUCAAACAAUUCUUCAACACUUUCUAGUCCUUCUAUGUUCACAGGAGAAAAUUACAGUGUUUGGGCUAUCAAAAUGAAGGCCUUUCUAAAAGGUAAUGGUGUGUGGGAAUCUGUAGAAGAUGGGUUUCAUCCUCCUAUGCUGCCAAACAAUCCAACUGUAGCCCAAAUGAAGCAACAUGUUGACUAUGUUCAAGCCUCAUACAAAGCCCUCUCAUAUAUUCAUAGUGCUGUAACAGAUGAUAUUUUCUCAAGGAUCAUGGGAGCAAAAACAGCACAAGAAGCAUGGGAUACUCUUAAGAAAGAGUUUGAUGGCAGUUCUCGGGUUACAGGUAACAAGAUUGUAACCCUCAAAAGACAAUUUGAAAUGCUGAAAAUGCAGGAGACAGAGACAAUCCAUCAAUAUACAAAUAAAUUGAUGGAUGUUGUCAACCGAAUUAGACUUCAUCAUGAGGAAUUUCCAGAUCGAAGGGUGGUGGAAAAGAUUAUUGUUAGUGUACCAGAUAAAUUUGAGUCCAAGAUUUCUGCCAUAAAAGAAUCUUGUGACCUUAAAGAGCUAACCAUUACUGAGCUUAUAAGCAAGCUUCAGGCUCAUGAGCAAAGGCUGGUUAUGAAAGCUGAUGAAACCACAGAAGGAGCCAUCCUUGCAAGGCAAAAGGGAAAACAACCGGCCACUAGUUUUGAAAGCAAUAAGACCAAUGAUCAGUGCAAGGAGGACUACUUGUUCACAGUGUCUCAAGGUUCAUCUCUGCCAUCUAGUACUUGGUUUGUUGAUAGUGGAUGCACUAAUCAUAUGGCUCGAGAUGAAAGUCUCUUCAUUGAAAUGGACAAAUCAGUUAUUACAAAUGUCAAGUUAGGAAAUGGUACUGUCCUGAGAUCACAAGGGAAAGGUACUGCUGCUAUUCAAACUAAAACAGAUAUUUGUGGUCCUAUGAGGACACCAUCUCUCAGCCAAAACAGUUAUUUCAUCCUCUUUAUAGAUGACUUGACAAGAAUGACAUGGGUAUACUUUCUUGGUAGCAAAGGUCAAGCCUUACUUGUGUUUAAAAAAUUUAAGGCUUUGGUUGAAAACCAAAGUGGAUGCAGAAUUAAAAAGCUCAGAUCAGAUAAUGGUAAGGAGUAUACCUCCAAUGAUUUCAACUUGUUUUGUGAAGAAGCUGGUGUUGAUCAUCAAUUAAUAGUGUCUUAUACCCCACAGCAGAAUGGCAUUGCAGAGAGGAAAAAUAGAACCGUUAUGGAGAUGGCAAGGUGCAUGUUGGCAGAGAAGAAAUUGCCCAAAUCUUUUUGGGCUGAAGCAGUUUAUACAGCAGUCUAUCUCUUAAAUGGUUUACCAACAAAGGUAGUAAAAGGCAUGAAACCUAUUGAGGCUUGGUAUGGUCAAAAACCAUCUGCUAAUCAUUUGAAGGUUUCUGGCUCAAUUUGUUAUAAUCAUGUUCCAGCAGCUAAAAGAGGGAAAUUAGAUGAGAAGGUAGAAAUUGGGAUCUUUAUAGGCUAUGCAACACAAGCAAAAGGCUAUAAGGUGUAUGAUCCCAUAUCCAAGAAGGUGAAUGUGCAUAAAGAUGUUGUUUUUUAUGAGAGUGCACACUGGAAUUGGGAUAAAGGGAAGAUAGAAGAAGGUUCAAACAAGCAGUGUGAAGUUGGUUCAAAAUUAAAAUCAACUGAUGUUGCUUCCAGUUCUGAAAUUGCAGAAGUUGAUGAUGAGUCACCAGUUUUGAAAACCAAGUCACUAGCUAAGAUUUAUGCAAGAUAUGAUAAGAAGCCUAUUGGAGUGAAGUGGGUGUUUCGAACUAAGUUAAAUCCAAAUGGGCCUAUAUACAAACAUAAGGCCAAACUUGUUGUGAAGGGGUAUGCUCAACAGCUGGGUGUCGAUUAUGUAGAGACUUAUGCUCCGGUGGCUAGACAUGAUACAGUAAGGCUUCUAAUUGCAUUAGCUGCUAAUUUGGGUUGGAAGUUGUUUCAUAUGGAUGUAAAAUCAGCUUUCCUUAAUGGUGUUUUGCAAGAGGAAAUUUAUGUUGAACAACCACCUAGAAUUGAUCACUACUUGAUGAGUCAAGGCUUCAAGAGGAGCACAGAAGAAGCAACUUUGUAUGUGAACGGCAACAGCAGUGAAUCACAACUUAUUUUGUCACUUUAUGUGGAUGACUUAUUGUUAACCGAAAAUGAUUUGAAGUUGUUGGAACAAUUCAAGAAGAGAAAGUAUGCACUGGAUGUCUUGAAGAAGUUUGAAAUGGAGAACUGCAAACCAGUUGCCACUCCACUGGUUCAAAAUGAAAAGCUUUCCAAGGAUGAUCAAGAAACCAAGGUUGAUUCCUCCUACUACCGAAGUUUAAUUGGUAGCCUACUUUAUUUAACUGUUACAAGUCCUGAUUUGAUGUUUGCAGCAAGCUAUUUGCCAAGGUUUAUGUCAGCUCCUAGUAAACUUCAUUUAGUUACAGCCAAGAGAGUUCUUAGGUACAUCAAAGGAACCUAUGAACUUGGCUUGUGGUUUGACAGUAUUCAACAAGGAAGGUUACAAGGGUAUGCUGAUAGUGAUUGGGUAGGUUCUAUGGAGGAUAUGAUAAGCACAACAGGUUAUGUGUUCUCCUUUGGUUCAGGGAGUUUUUCUUGGAAUUCAAAGAAGCAGGAUGUUGUAGCUCAGUCCACAGUUAAGGCUGAAUAUUUAGCAGUUGGAGCAGCAACGAAUCAUGCUGUUUGGCUUAGAAUGGUGCUUGAAGAACUUGGUUUUAAUCAAAUUGAGUCUUGUGUACUCAAAGUAGAUAAUAUGUCAGCAAUUGCUAUUGCUCAAAAUCCAGUGCAGCAUUAGCCAGACCUCAGACGCAAUCAGAUUCUGAAGGGUCUAGAGAUUUACAGCCUUAGCAAUGACCACGACAUGAGAAUGAGAGCCAUGCCUGGAUUGUUCACUCCUUAUAACUACAAAAGCACUUUGGUGAUCCCAUUUUUAGUCUCAAAACUACUGCAAGUUUUAUGGGUUGUUUUCUGGAGGCCAUAUUCCUUGACUAAAAGAUUCAAGAAGCAAGGAAUUACUGGUCCACCUUACAGUGUUCUCUCUGGCUCUCUUGAUGAGAUAAAGAGCAUGCAAAAGGAUGCAAGGGAAAUGAUUCUUGACACAGAUUCAAAUGACAUAGUUCAGAAGGUUAUUCCUCACUAAUAUCUACCUACUCCAUCCAAUCUUCGGAUAUGGAAGCUUGACAGAAAAAUGAAGAAAACAGUAAGGCAGAUCAUAGAGAGCAGGCUGCAGAAAUCUCGAACAAUAAUAGGCAGUUCUUCAGAUUGUUGUUUUGGAGAUGAUCUACUUGGCCUGAUGAUUGCAGUCUCAGAAACAAAUCAAGCAGAGCUGAAGUUGAGUAUGAAUGACAUUAUAGAACAAUGCAAAACAUUCUUUUUGGCUGGGUAUGAGACCACUUCUAACCUGUUAACAUGGACAGUGUUCUUGUUGAGCAAACACAAGGAAUGGCAGGAAAAACUCAGAGAAGAGGUGUUGAACGAGUGCGAGACAGGAAUUCCAGAUGCUAAAACGUUGGCUAAGCUGAAACUGGUAAAUAUGGUUCUUUUGGAGGCCCUGAGACUAUACAGCCCAAUCAUAGCCUCAGGUAGACAAGCAUUAAAAGAUAUGACAAUGGGGAAUUUAAUGAUUCCAAAGCAUACAAUUUUAAUAAUUCCGCAUGUGCAAAUGCACAGAAGCAAAGAAUACUGGGGAGAAGAUGCAACUGAGUUCAACCCUUUGAGAUUCAUGAAUGGGGUAUCCAAAGCAGCGAAGCACCCAAAUGCUCUUCUUGCCUUCUCCAUUGGCCCUAGAGCUUGUAUUGGACAGAACUUUGCAAUGUUGGAAGCCAAAACUGUGCUUGCCUUGAUUCUCCAUAGGUUUUCUUUCACCCUCUCCCCCGAGUACAAACAUGCUCCUACAGACAACCUUUUUUUACAGACUCAACACGGCCUCCCUGUUGUCUUCAAACCUCUGAACAUGUAAGACUCAUUCACACUAUGUACCACUAUUAUAAUUGACUGUGAUUGUUAGUUAUGUUGUACUUUAAGCCAUUGUAAUUAUACUGAUUGAUCCCAUACUGGGAAUAUUUCUAGACUUCAAGAAAGCAGAAACCUUUCUACUUAUUUUUUCUUCUCCCCUUUGUUUUUCUCACAGGUGAGACUUGACUUUUGUGAGUAUCAGUAAAUAUCUAGGAAGGCAGCAAUUUAGUGUUUUAAAGCUACUUUUCAAUUGUACUUAACAUUUUGUAGCUUUUUGAACUAAUGAAAAUAUGUAAGAUUA